UGGUCGCUGGAGGUGUUCGCUCAGUGGUGAUCGCUGGAGGUGUUCGCUCAGUGGUGGUCGCUGGAGGUGUUCGCUCAGUGGUGAAUAACUAAAAGGAUAUGGCAGUACGAUGGAGCAGCGAAAAUGUCGUUGCUGAACACAGAGAUUUACAGGCCAAUUCUAUGGCUCUGGAUUGGCGUGGUGAAUACACACUUCUUGCGGGGCGUCGGAACCUUGCACUAAUCUCCCUGGAUAAUCCAACGGAGGUUGUUAAAAGGGUCAGCAGGACUCAGCAGAAAUAUGAUGUAACAGCUGCAGAGUGGAAUCCAACACAGUCUCAUGGACACACCUUUGUUCUUGCGUCUGGUGAACGAGCUGAAAUUUGCCAGUGGACUGAAGGAAGUCUUAAUGGAACCACCACUCUUCGAGCUCACACACGAACUAUCACAGACCUCAACUGGCAUCGAUCUGAUCCAAAUCUUUUAUCAACAUGUUCCAUAGACACAUUUGUUUAUAUAUGGGACACCAGAGAAACUCGCAAGCCAAUUUCCUGUCUUUCUGCUAUUGCUGGGGCAUCUCAAGUAAAAUGGAAUAAGCUCAACCAAAACUUAUUAGCAUCUGGCCAUGACUGUGAUAUCCGUGUGUGGGAUAACCGCAAGACCAGCCAGCCAGUCCAGUAUAUUGCUGCUCACUUGUCAAAAAUCCAAGGGUUGGACUGGUCACCAAAUCAUGAAAACCACUUAGUGACUUCAUCUAAUGACUGUACAGUGAAGUUCUUCGAUAUCACUAACCCACGGAAGGCAGAGAAUUUUAUUAACACACUGUCCCCAGUCUGGCGAGCACGGUAUACGCCUUUUGGUGAGGGUGUAGUUACAGUAGUGGUGCCUCAACUGCGCCGUGGUGAGAACUCUCUCUUGUUGUGGUCAGUGACUGAUAUGAGCUCACCUGUGCACACUUUUGUAGGACACUCUGAUGUAGUGUUAGAAUUUGAAUGGCGUCAAAACACAAAUAACCCCGGAGAACACCAGCUGGUGACCUGGGCACGUGACUACAGUCUUCGGAUUUGGAAAAUUGAUCAACAGUUACAAAGGCUGUGUGGUCACGAUACAGAGGAAGAAAUGGCAUUUGCAGAGAGUACAGACAGUGAAUUUGCCCAUGAACCUGCACCAACUCAAAGUGAAUCAGAAUGUUACAUGGAGAAAGGCACUGAAAAAGACCUGGAGAAGGAUGAUGAACAGGAUGUUGCAGAGGUGAAGAAGGAUAUAAAACAGAGGUGCAAACAAGCAUCCACAGAAAGCAUAGAGAAAGUUUCUCAUGAAAAUUCACCAGAGAUUGGAUCAGCCAAUGAAGCCCCACAGAUAUCACCAAAUGAACUAAAUUCUGUAACGAAUAAUCAUUCUGUGGGAGAUUCGGCACUAAUUAAUGCAUCAUCUGGCUCUCAACCAUUGACCAACUUUCCUAGUGUUAUGCCAACAACGAGCAAAGUAAAUAAUGUUGUUGUGGGCAUGUCUUCCACAUUGCCAUCUGGUAAUUUAUCUUCUGGCCAGCCCAUGAGCUUACAGCAGGAAUUUUCAUUACUGAACACUUCCCUUGAUAACAGCCAAGUAAAUUCUGUGGAGGUGGUGGCUGGGGAAAUGAAGAUACUGGCUGAUGAAGGAAGUAGAACACGUAAUCAAGAAGUCAGCAACAUUGAAGGCGAAAGAAGGAGCCUGGAGAAUCAGUUGAAAAAUAUUGCAUAUGAAGAAACAAGAUUAGAUGAUGAGAAUAGAAGUGAUUUGGCUAAUGAAGUAGAGAACCUAGCAAGGGAUAUAGGUGACAAUGGUAAUUUAGAUGAAUGUCAUUUUAGUCUUAUGGACAGUAAAACAAGAGUUUUGGAUGUUUAUCAUAAGAGUAAUAUUUGCCAUAUAAAGGCUGAAACAACAUUCAACCAAGAAAUAAAUGACUUUGAACAAAAUACCACAUGUGAUAUGACAAGAGAGAAGCUCUCAUCAGAGGUGACCAGUGGUGAAAUGCUAUCAGUAGCAGUAAAUUAUUUUCCAGAAUUGGAAAAUUCAAACAAAGAUUUUCUGUCUAAAAUCAAAUUCGAUAAUGGCGGUAUGUGUGUCAUAAAAGUUAAAUCUUCAAAUGACGAUCAACCUUAUAAUUUUCCCAGGAAAGAGAAAAUAGAUAUAAAACAAGAGGAGUCACCAUUCAGAAUUACUGUGAGGAGUGAGGGUAAUCACUUAUUUUCUUUACAGUCAGAAACACAGGAAAACAACUCAUUCAUGUUCCCUUCAGAUGAAAUUGACUCAUGUUUGUUAAAAGAUACAAAAGAAGAGCACAAUUCAUCAGAUUCUCCUGGAAUUUCUGUCAUAAGUCUGGCACAUGAGGCACCAUCAUAUGUUGAAGGGAUGAACGAAAUAGGUGCUCAUGUAGAUAUUACAAAGGAGGAAGCUGUUAUCCAUGUUGUUGAUAGUGAAAAUAUGAGCAGUGAUGGAGAGAAUCCAGCAUGUUUCACCAUUGCUGAGCCAAUAGUAACUACAGAGACAAACAUUCCUGUUGGAGAGACGAUGCUUGCCAGUAAUGAAAACCAAAUACAGUUACUUCCGAAGCAUGAAAUGCCGGAUAGUGCUUCUCUAACACCAUCUCUGCCCUUUAUAGGUGCACAGAAUGCCUUAAAUGCAGUAAUAAUGGAUGGGUCCCUCAUGAUCAGAAGUUCUGAUGAUACACCAAUUCAAGUCCCAGCUAAAUUGAUCUACUUACCUGCAACAGAAGAUGGGGGCUCAGAAUUUUCUGAGGAAAUGUGUGUAACCUUUGCCCCACAACUAUUUGAGGGUGGUGUCCUGGUGCCAGGAGAUAACAUUAUUAUUCUUGGAAAUCACUCAUUUCUUACAAGUGUUGAACUUGUUUUAGUAGAUGGGGAAACACAAACACAGAUCUCUAUUUCCCCCGUUCCAGAACCCUUGGAGUCUUACCAAGAUAAGGGAGGAAAUUUUGUAAUGAUAACAAGGAGCUUGGAACAGACCAUAGCAUUGUCUUCUAAUUCUACACAAGAAUUUUUAAAGAUAGACCUUGAUGCUUUGCCUGAUAGGAAAUUUCCAGUUCAGAAUGCACCCCACAGUGAUGAACCUGGACUCUUUCAGUGUGAUAAGUGUGAUAAAACCUAUAAGGUUCGUUCAUCCUUAAACAGCCAUAAAGUAACCCAUAAUACUGAAAAAAUGUAUAAAUGUGAUGAAUGUGGCAAAGCUUUCCAUUAUAGCACACCACUGCAGAUCCACAAACGCACUCAUAGUGAUGAAAGACCAUAUAGAUGUCAGUCUUGUGCUGCUUCAUUUCGAUCCAAGGCUAAUCUGAGAUACCAUGAGAGAUUGCACACUGGCGAGCGUCCAAUAACAUGUCGUGAGUGCGGUAAAGGGUUCAAGGAUUACACAUCGUUAAAAAGGCAUCGGCAGAAGGCUCAUGAUGUUAUGAACAUGAAGUGUCAUGAGUGUGGGCUUAUGUGUAACUCUGUUGAAAAUCUUGCUUCUCACCUUGGUCAGGCCCAUAAUAAAUUUUCUGUUGAUAAAAUAUUAUUUUGUGAGAGAUGUGAGGAAACUUUAACCAAUCAAAAGAGUUAUGGCAUUCAUAUGGCUAAUCAUGAACGUAUAGAAAAGAUAUCUCAAGGAACUCCGGGAAAGUUAUCUGAUUACACACACAAGUGUGGAAUAUGUAAUAUGGUCUGUCAAAGUAAACCUCAGAUGUUAGUUCACAUACAGAUUCAUGCAGCGGUAAAGAGAUUUCAGUGUCGGUACUGCAAAAAGGCCUAUAUGUAUCGCUUUAUUCUGGCACAUCAUGUAAGAGAAGAGCACCCACAUGAUCCCCAGUGGUUUUGUCAGCACUGUGAUGUAACAUUUGAAACAUGUAGACAAAUGAAUACACAUAGCUGUCGUACUGUUCGUGGAAAUUACAGUUGUCCUCACUGUGAUUUUAAAACAGAGAUACGGCAUCGUUUGUUUCGACACAUCAUCAAAGAACAUCCAGCAGACAAAACUCCUUAUUAUUGUGAUUUUUGCAAGAGUAGCUAUGAAGAUCCAAGCAAGCUGCGUUAUCAUCAAAAACGUGAACACCCAGAGAAAAUGUUGAUGCUGACUAUGCAUCGGGAGGCAACGAGGCAUGUACCUGCUUCAGGAGAUAAGACAGACUCUCUCAAUAUUGACAUGUCACAAGUGGAAAUGACUGUUGAAGGUAAUGUAAUUAUCUAUUACAUACCCAAACAUCUUCGAAAUGAUGAGGUUUUCAGAGAAAAGGUUAAGUUUAAAUGCUUUUACUGUGAGGCCAAGUUCCCUGUUAAGAAUUCAAUGACACGACACAUAUUAAGGGAGCAUCCUGGUGAAAAAGCUUACAAAUGCCUUCAGUGUAACAUCUUCUUGAAGUCUAAUGUAGAGUCAAAAAAUCAUAACCGUAAGUAUCACAAGUACUCGAAUACAGGAGGUAGAGAUCCUCUCAGGAAUGAAAAAGCAAUGAAGAAAAAAGCCCAAAUGUUUGAAAAACAGCUUCAAAAUGCUGGAACUCACUUGAAAAAUAUUUAUAAAUUCCGUUGUCGAUAUUGUUCCAUGCCUUACCGUUGUAAGCGACCACUCAUUGUCCACUACAAAAAGUGGCACCCAGAUGAAGAAUGGGAUCAUUUUCCUGAUCAACCCUCUCGUAACACAAGUGUACCAUCAAAGAGGAAGCGGAAGCUGCUUUUCUUUGAUUGUAACUUUGAUGACCAAUGUCAGAGUGUGUUUGAUGAUAUGGCAAUGCUUCUGGAACAUCUUUCUAAUGCCCACAGUGUUAAAAAUGAAGACGCAAAACAAUACAUAAAUAAAAGAAUUGUGGUAGAAGCUGUUCGUCGUGGACGUCUUCCAAAAAAUGCAAUUGAAGUUGUCACGAAUUCAAAUAAUAAAUAUAGAAGAAUUAGAAAGAAAGUUAAUAUUAAGAGUGAAACGGACGACGAAGACGAUCUGGAUGACCCAGGAGUUUGUGAUGAAAAAUUAGAUUCAGAUGAUGAUUUAGUGAAGGAAAUAAAAACAAUUGAUGAUACACCUUCCCCCUCUCUAAAUGAUGGACAAAAAGUAAGCCCACAUUUAUUAUUAAAGUCAGCUGAAAGGAAGAAAAAAUCAUUGCCUGCUACCACUAAGAAGUCGAUUGAGAUGAAUCUGAACAACAUAGGGUCAGUAAGGGAUGUAAAGAAGAUGUUAUAUAGAUGUAGGAGAUGUGGCAUAUCUUUCUGUAGCAAACGCCAGUACAGGGAACAUAAUUCUCUUUUUUCUGAUGUCGACUGUUGUGAUUUUGAGAUUACUAAUGUUAAAAAAGAACCGGAAAGUGAAGGAGAAGGCACUGAUGAAUAUGAUACUGAUGAAAAUUAUCAGCUUUCAUCGGGACCAGAGGAUGACGAGUCUGACGAGGGAAACACACCAAAAAGAAAUAGGAAACCUAAGAAAAGUGAAUUAACACCAACUUCAAACUUAAAUUUUUUUGUUAAAAAAGAAUUGGAACAUGUCAGUGAUAAUGUAACUGAAGACAUUGUUGUUACUUCUUUAGAUGAAGACAAUAGUGAAGACAUUUUAAAAGUUUUAACCAUCAGUGCAAGUGAAUUAGGGCAGCCAGGGGUACAUGUCAAGGUGGAAAUGAUCACACCUAAAUUCUCUGACCUCAAUACUCAAUUGGGUAUCACCAAAGAGAGGGAGUUAACAAAAUUACAUUCAAAUACAAAGUCAUUGCUGAUGUCAAGUGGCAAAAUAGAAAAAAGUGAGGUCACUGGAAAGUUCAGUAAAGGAAAAAGAUGUAAAUCAUUUAAUAAAACUAAAUCAUGUGAUCAGCUUCCAGAAAUGGAAUUACAUUUAGAUAAAGAAGUUUCCAAAGCACUUCAGAUAAGGAGUAGACCUUCGAGAAGUAGCGUAGUGACCGGGUCUCGGGCAACACAAUGUGAGCAGUGUCAAAUGACUUUCAAAACGAGAGCCGAGCUCAGUUUUCAUAAACGAUUGGAUCACUGAUAGAGAUAUAGUACAGUACAGUAUGCCUGUUAACAUACAGGUACAGUACUGUACUGAUUGAAUUCUCAUAAAUGAGAAAGCAG